GCCCCAAAGAUUACGAAAAGUGGCGUGGAAUUUGCUUCAAGGCGUUCAACAUACGUGCAACCUUCAACGAAGCGGUCGACUUAUGUCGUAAAGACGGCGGCACCCUCGCCAUGCCCCGAGACGCCGAGACCAACGCCUACCUGACUACGAUACACGAAGCCAUGGCCGUCUACUCCGGAUUCUGGAUCGGCCUGUCCGAUCAACAUGAAGAGGGGGUCUUCAAGUGGGUGGAUGGUACUGCACUAGGAGAGUACAACGACUGGGAUUCCGGCGAACCAAACGAUUACGGUGAGCACAAGGACUGUGUUCUCCACAUGGUGCGGGGCACAUGGGUCGAUGCGACAUGCCAAGUUCCCGCUCGCUUCAUCUGCCAAGUUGUUCCAGUGGUGACGUGUAGCAAGACCGCCGACGAGCUUUCUCCACUGCUCCAAGAAUAGCUUCCUCAGGUUGGAAGGUGUCAACCCAGAUGACUCUGAAAUUUCUAAAGUUAAGGUUAUUUCAAGCUGUAGUAUAGACUAUAGAGUCAUAAACCUUUUUCGUGUAUACUUGCAGUUUUGAACUCCAUUUAUCAAGCAGUAGUAUGGAGUCAUAAACAUUCAAGACUAUGGACCGAGCUUUCACCGCUGCUCCGUGAAUAGCUUCUUCAGAUUGAAAGGUAGCAGCCCAGAUGACUUUGAAAUUUGUGAAGUUAGGGCUAUACCAAGCUAAGUAUAGACCUAGAGCCUUAAGCUUUUUCGAGUAAGCAAGGAGCCUUGAUUCAACGCAACUUGUAACCAUUCUUCUUUUAUCAAGCUGUAAUGUGGAGUCAUAGAUAUAUUCUUCAUGAAAGACAACGUGCAAUGUUUUGCAAAGCAUCCUUCAAUAUUCCUGUAAUAUCAAUGCAAGAGUCCGUGAAAGUUUUUAGUCCUUUCACCAGGGCUCUAGCCAGCUGUUUUUCUGUCAAUUGGCGGUAGGUUGCUGCGUGUGACGGAAAAAUUUUAAAACCAAUCCGUAAACCUUACCGGCUUACGGACAAAAAUCCUU